AUGGCGAAUCUUGCAAACAUCAUGGGGACUACCGCUACUGCGAUUCUGCAAGCUUUACAGAGGUUAAGCCAACUGGCCAGAAAUCGGAACGGAAAUAGUGAAGGAAAUGCGAAUGAGAAUGCGGAAGGAAAUGGAGAUAACACGGGAGGUGCUCCGAUGACCUUGGCGACCAUUCUCAAGGUUCAUCCUCUGAUUUUUCGAGGUUCAACUAAUCCCAUGAAAGCAGAUAAUUGGUUCAAAGCUAUAGAACGCGCACUGCAAGUGCAACAUGUUCUGCGUAACCAAUACAUAGAGUUUGCUGCUUACCAACUUCGGGAAGAGGCCCAGCAUUGGUGGCCGGCAGAAUGCCGCUUGCAACGGCUCCAGAAUGAAGAUGUUCCUUGGGAUGUAUUUCAAACGGCCUUCUACAAGAAGUACUUCCCUGAGUCUGCAAGGGAAGCGAAGGAGAUCGAACUGAUGCAGCUGAAGCAAGGUUUUUUGUCUGUGGCAGAUUAUACCAGCAAAUUUGAGGAACUUUGUAGGUUCUCUAGGGUAGUGUAUCACGUAUCAAAGGGUUUGAAGUACGACAUCAUGACUGCUAUGGCUCCUAUAGAGAUUCAUAUUUUCUCUGAUUUGGUGAACAAGAGUGUGGUGGCUUAUGCAUUGUGUCAGCUGGGACCGCAUGAGGUGAACUAUUCAACUCAUGAUCUGGAAUUAGCGGCAAUUGUGUUUGCACCGGAAAUUUGGAGGCACCACCUGUGCGGAGUGAGGUUUAGCGUCUUUUCUAAUCAUAAGAGUCUCAAGUAUGUCUUUGAUCGGAAAGAGCUUAAAAAUGCGUUGGAGAAGACAGAUGGAGUUGCUAAAGGAUUAAGAUUUUGA